AUGGACAAGUCCAACGAACAGAUGCUGAAGGUUGUGGAAGAGUACAGAACGAGAAUCGAGGACGUCGCGGCGCUGAAGGACAAGAAGGAAGAGUACGAGGCGGUGGUGGUCAGAGUGAAGGAGGGUCAGAAGGUGACGUCCGAGCAGCUCGAGGACGAAAUGCGGAGAUUGAGCACGGAACUGAUCGUCGCGGCGGAUAAGCUGGAGGAGCUGGAGAGGAUCGUGGAAAAAUACAAGUCGUCCGGCGGUUCGUUCGAGAGUCCCGCGGGCGACGUCGCUGACCGGAAACCCGAGCUCGCGACGGACGUCGAAGGAAGAACGGCCACGGUCGAGGAUCUCAAGGUAGGAUUUUGGAACCGUCCUUCCCGCCGCCUCUACCUCCGCCCAGAAAAUACGGAAUCUUUGUCGCUCGACCUCCUGGGCAACGUCGUCCGUCUCCCGCGGUUGCAACAGCUGCAACUCCGUCACCAAAGCUCGGAUUCAAGCAAUAACGCGUCGGUGGAGGCUUCCUCGGAAUCCAUGAUUCCUCGACGUGGGAACAGAGUUGUCUGCAGCGGCGGCGAUUAUCAGGACAAGAGAAGAAGACGCGGAAAAUUUCCCAAUGGCGCGAUCACCAGGAAGCUGUUCAAGGAACCGCUGAGGAACGUCACGCCCUUUACCAAAUCCCUGUUGAACCUGGCGACGAUUUUCUCGAAGGAAUGA